AUGUUUGCCCUCUUUCGCCAUGCGCUGAGGAUCUACACGCGAGCGGGCACUGUUCCCGCGCGUGUGGCUGUCAGGCACGCGUCACGCAUUCGUAAACCCAAGGUCGUAGACGUGCAGCCACCCGUAUCACCGCCCCCACCACUCCCAAAGCUCAAGUUGCGCGAGUAUCAAGAAGAAUGCAUACAAGCAGUGCUCUCCUACCUCAAUGCAGGCCACAAGCGUCUGGGUGUGUCUUUGGCUACAGGCUCUGGCAAGACAGUCAUCUUUACUCAUCUCAUCGACCGGAUACCCACCACCGGCGAUGCCUCGCAGACGCUCAUCCUCGCCCAUCGCCGCGAGCUUGUCGAACAAGCCGCCCGACACUGCACCCAAGCAUAUCCCGAUAAGCAUGUAGACAUUGAGAUGGGCAACAAUCAGGCCUCAGGUGCCGCUGACAUCACUGUUGCCUCAGUACAGAGCAUCACUUCUGGCGAAAGACUGCAGAAAUUCGACCCGUCGAGAUACAAGCUUAUUCUUGUUGAUGAAGCACAUCACAUAGUGAGCCAGACGUAUCUCAACGUGCUUGAGCACUUUGGGCUACGCAAUGCUUCAUCAGACUGGAGUGAGAGCAGUGCCCCUGCACUUGUUGGUGUCUCGGCCACCUUUUCUCGCUUCGAUGGCAGGGCACUCGGUGCUGUCAUCGACCACAUUGUAUAUCAUCGUGACUAUGUCGAUAUGAUCGAAGAGAAUUGGCUGUCGGAUGUUGUCUUCACCACUGUACAGAUCAAGGCGGAUCUGAGCAAAAUAAGCUCCAAUGCCAACGGCGACUUCCAAACUGCAGCUCUUUCCAAAGCCAUCAACACCGACGAAACCAAUGAGCUUGUUGUGCAAGCCUGGUCGACCAAAGCAAAGGAUCGCACUUCGACCUUGAUAUUUUGUGUCGAUCUUAGUCACGUCACUAGUUUGACUGCAAGGUUUCGCGCGUAUGGCAUAGAUGCUCAAUUUGUCACCGGAGACACACCAGCCAAGAUCCGCAGUGCUAGAAUUGACGCAUUCCGAAAUGGCGAGUUCCCAGUACUGCUCAACUGUGGAGUGUUCACCGAGGGUACGGAUAUUCCAAAUAUUGAUUGCGUGCUCCUUGCUCGCCCGACCAAGUCACGCAAUUUGCUGGUCCAAAUGAUAGGCCGAGGAAUGCGGCUUCACAAAGGAAAAGAAAACUGUCACAUAAUCGACAUGGUGGCUGCAUUGAGUAGCGGUGUGGUGUCAACGCCUACACUUUUCGGUCUGGAUCCUGGAGAGAUCGUCGAGAACGCAAACACCAAGAAUUUGACCGAACUCAAAGAGAGGAAGCAGGUUGAGCAGCAGCGUGAAGCAGAGGCAGAGGAGCUCAAGAAGAAGGCGGUCACGAAGAAAGUGCCCGGGAGCAUUACCUUCACGGACUACGAUUCUGUCCACGAUCUGAUAGCAGAUACCUCCGGUGAUCAAUUCAUUCGAAACCUGAGUCCUUUCGCUUGGGUUGGUGUUGGUGAGGGAAGGUUUGUCCUGACGACGAAUAGUGGCAACUAUCUCAUCAUCGAGCCUUCUGACAAGGACGAAGGCGCUUUUAGAGCUCGAUAUUACUGGAGACUGCCUGCAGAUAAAAAGGCCAAAAGUCCUUAUGCCACACCCCGCGUUAUCGCCGCAGGUGAGUCCUUUGAGCACGUUGUUCACGCAGCAGACACGUAUGCAUCGGAAGCUUUUGAAUACAUGUGGAUUGCAAAGAAUCAACCUUGGCGCAGAAGCCGCGCCUCACAGGCCCAAGUGGACUUUCUAAAUAAGUUCAGGCCCGAGGGCGAUCGUCUCAAACCCGAAGAUUUGACCAAAGGCAAAGCGGGAGACAUGAUUACGCGCUUGAAGCACGGCGUUAAAGGACGCUUUGACAAGGCGGCUACCAGGGAGAGGGGCGAGAAGCGCAUGAAGCAACGGGCAGACACGAUGCGACAACGGCUUCAAGGUCAAGUCGAAGUCGGACCUAUCGAGCAACGUGGCCAAACGCUCAAGAACAAAAUGCUGAGCUGA